AGCCGCAACUCUCACUAAAAGAAACUGUUUUGUUAUUUAUCUUAAAUUUUAGCAAAGCUAUUAAUUAAUUAAUGAAUUUACAUACAAAAUGGAGCGCAAGGAAGUGGACACGCAGCAGUUCAUUGAUCAUACGCUGCUUGCAACGGAGCUGAUGCAUAACAACUUUAUGAUGGAUCUAAUCGAUCCAGCGGCUGUGUUUCCAAAAUCAAAUGAAGGGCCCACCAAUCUAAGCACAAAUGCAAAUCCGGCAAAUGCUUCACAGCACUCGCUGACAUCGCCAGAGCUGAACUUUCACAACACAAUUUUUCAGUAUGUGAACAAGCAUGUGGGGGAUGAGCAGGUGCCAGAUGGUGCCAGAACACAGCCGGCGUAUCCGGCGCUGGCUAUUGAACCCACAGUGCCCAUUGAUGUGACAAAUGCGCUGGAUGACGAUGAUCUGUUAUAUACCCACUGUGUAUCCACGACAAAUGCACGCAAGGUGUUGCCGCAUAAAAAACGCAUCUCGCGCAAGCUAAAGGGUACAAUGGCAAGCAUGGAGCUAGAGUUGGAACAACAUCAUAAGCAUCAUGUGCCGGUGCCAACGGUAGCUGCCUACAGCUGCGAGAUUUGCGGUUAUGCGGUUCAUACACAAAUUGAAUUUUAUGCACAUCUAAAGCAGCAUUACGAUCCAAGCAGUCUAGAGGUGCCAACACAACAGCAACAGCCACAGCAACAGCAGCAAAAAGAACCGCUCGACAUGUGCGGGCUUACAGCGCAGGAUAAGUUGCAACAAGAGCAAGCCAAGCUGGAUCAGGUGUUUCAUGAUGUGCAGCUGAACUUUGAAAAUUUUCAUAAUAUAACCCACGAUGAUGUUGGCGUCAAUAUGGUCAUACAUUCAGACGCCCUGAGCUUGCACAAGACUGCCGAUAAGUUGGACAAUGUGGUGGUCGCCACAGCGCCCACGCCCAAUGUUGUGCCUGUGGAGGACGUGGAGUUCAGUGAUACGGAGGAUAUGCUUGAGGGCAUACGCAAUGUUGUAGACAAAGUGUCUAUAGAAGAUACCUGCGAUGAGCUGGUGGAUCUGGAGCUUACCUCAAGUGGCAUGCGUGCGCCUUGGUUUAACAACAACUUCAGUGACAUUGGUUUCUCUGGCUUGCUGCUGCCCGGUGAGCCACCACCUGCGCCUACCACGUCAACGCUGAUGAAGACUACAGACAGUGGCGCUGAGCGACUGACACUUGGCGUUGUGGUUGAGCCAGAAGUAGAGCGCAGCGAGCAAGCUCUGCUUCUAUCGCCGACAACACGUGCCGCUACGCCCAGCCAAGGCUCAGAUAUUGAGCAGCUGCAGCGCUCACCGCUUAUGAUAAGCGAUGCCUUUAAGCUGGAGGAUGCAGCUGGGCCAAGCUGCUCACCUGCGCAUACAAUUUCGGAUGACAAUGCCGAUAGCUAUCUGAUGGAUGAAGACAAGCAAAGCAGCGAAGAAGAAAAGACCAAACGCAAGUUUCCUUGCAGCAAGUGCGCCAGAGAGUUCAACUCCUAUAAUGCGCUCAAAUAUCAUUCACACACACACAACAAGGAGCGUGCCUAUCCAUGCAACACCUGCGAGCGUUCCUUCUAUACACAGAGUGCGCUUAAGCAACAUGAGCGUACGCACUCUGACGACAAGCCCCACCAGUGCACACAGUGCGACUACAAGUUCCGUCAGUGGGGCGAUCUCAAGUAUCAUAUUAUCUCGCGUCACAGCGAGAUUAAGGCGCACAUGUGCGAAUAUUGCGGCAAGAGCUUUUCCCGAAAGUAUUCCCUCGUCGUUCAUCGACGCAUUCAUACCAGUGAGCGCAACUAUGCCUGCGAGCACUGCAGCAAAACAUUUCGUGCUAGCUCCUAUCUCUUGAGUCAUAUUAAAAUCCACACUGGCGAGCGUCCUUACACCUGCAGCAUAUGCGCCAAGAAAUUCCGUGUCUCGGGUGAUUUGAAGCGACACAUGCGCAUACACGAUCCGGCGCGUAAUGCGCAAUUGUCAGCGGCGAAGAAACCAAAGACGCGCGCCAAGUUGAAGCAGAUUGUAGACGACGAUGAUGAUGAUGAAGAGGAUGAGCAAGCGAAGCAAAACGACAAGUCUGAACAGGAAAUUUUGGGUUUGUAGUCAAGUGCCAAAAUUUCUACAAAGUUUAAGUAAUUAAAGUAGCCAUAAAACCAAUGUAUAUACUAAAUAGGCGCAGCUCUCAGUUUAGCUUUAGUAAACCUUUCAAGAAUAUUACUCGAAGAGCGCAUUUAGUUUAGUUCAAAGAUCUGACCAACACUUUUUUAAUUUAUCUGUCAAUCAGCAUGUCAAUAUGCAUAACAAGAUAUUAAAGAAAACAAAUACA